AUGGCCCCGAUGUCGUCCGGAACCUUCUGCAAGAAUACCGGCGCGCCGAGUCUUGGCUGGCGAAGGGCGAAGGGCGUCCCGUUCUUGACACCCACGUUGUAUACGGCUCAACUGGCCUCGGUGGCUAGCUCAACCCCCGCCAACUUCCCCUAUCCAGUCGAUGUCGACACUCAACACUAG